AUGAGCGAAGAAAAAAGCUUCAGUGUAUCCCAGAAAAUGUUGUCUCCUUCAAGAAGUACUAGCAGCUGCUCCUCCAAGCAGGGAAGUCGACAGGACAGCUGGGAAAUUGUAGAAGGACUCCGGGGAGCAAUGAAUUGUACCCAGGAGCCACAGAAGCAGGAGGGCUGCUUGCUGAAAAAGAGGAAAUGGCCUUUGAAGGGCUGGCACAAGAGAUACUUCUUUUUGGACAGAGGGAUUUUGAAGUAUUCUAAAUGCCAAGCUGAUAUAGAGAGAGGGAAGCUUCAUGGCUGUAUUGAUGUUGGACUUUCUGUCAUGUCUGUAAAGAAAUCAACAAAAUGUAUAGAUUUGGAUACAGAAGAGCAGAUAUACCAUCUGAAGGUGAAAUCUCAGGAGCUGUUUGAUGAAUGGGUAGCAAAACUUCGUCAUCACAGAAUGUACCGCCAGAAUGAAAUCUCCAUGUUUCCACAUGACGUCAAUAAUCUUUUCUUCCCUGUGUCUACCACUGCGGACUCUGUCCCUGGUUUCUGUGAUUCUACUCCAGGUAGAAAGGCGGGCAGCUUGACCAAACAGAAUUCAUUGUCAACUGGAGGUAACCUGUCAUUUUCCUUUUCGAGUAAUGAGUCCAGGAUUUCAUCUUGGCUACAGUCCUCUGAAGACAUGGAAAAAUGCUCAAGAGACCUCUCCAACUGUCACACAUAUUUACUGGAAAUGAACCAACUGUUACAGAGCAUGGAUGUUCUUCACAGGACAUAUUCAGCACCUGCUAUAAAUGCUAUGCAGGUUGGACCUUUCGAAAGCCCAAAGAAGGAAAAGAGAACACACAGGAGGUGGCGAUCCAGAGUUGUUGGGAAGGAGGCUAAAGGAAUGUUACAGGUGCCUUCAGUGUUUUCUGCCCCUAUGAGACUGCAUGCUUCCAAUCCGAACUUAUCUACAAUAGAUUUUGUAGAGGACAAAAAUUACUCUGAUGGCUCUGAAACAUCAUCAGAAUUUACUAAAAUGCAAGAGGACUUAUUUCACAUUGCACAUAAAGUUUACUUCACCUUGAGGUCAGCUUUCAGCACCAUAUCUACAGAGAGAGAAAAGCUGAAGCAGAUGCUGGAGCACGAUGCAUCCUCAUCUCCGUCUGCACAAAUAGUUGGCUUGAAGAAUGCCUUAACAUCCGCAAUAGCACAAAACACAGAUCUUAAAGACCGGUUACGCAGAAUACAUGCCGAAUCUAUGAUCCUUGAUUCAGCAUCUAAUGCAAAAUCAAGUCCAGAUUUGGUGAAGGAAAAUUCAAGAGAAGAAAGCAGAGGUCUGGUUCACCAGGUCUCCAAUGAAAGCAGACUGUCUAUAGCUGACUCUCUCACAGAAUUUUUUGAUGCACAGGAAGUCCUACUGUCUGCUAGCUCUUCAGAAAAUGAGGUAUCAGAUGAUGACUCAUACGUAAGUGAUAUCAGUGAUAAUGUCUCAGAAGAUAACCUAAGCAAUGACAUGGAGAAUGAAAGACAAACUUUAGACUGUAUUUCUGAAAGUGAAAUGGGAUGCAGUUCUAAACGAAGAACAUGUUUACCAGCUCCGUGUCCUAAUACAAGUAACAUCAGCCUAUGGAACAUCCUGAGAAAUAACAUAGGAAAGGAUCUCUCCAAAGUGGCCAUGCCUGUUGAAUUAAAUGAGCCACUUAACACCCUUCAGCGUCUCUGCGAGGAGCUAGAGUACAGUGAACUACUAGAUAAAGCAGCGCAUACGCCUAACGCAUUUGAACGGAUGGUGUAUAUAGCUGCCUUUGCAGUCUCUGCAUAUGCAUCCAGUUACUACCGAGCUGGAAGUAAGCCAUUUAAUCCUGUGCUUGGAGAAACCUAUGAAUGUAUUCGUGAAGAUAAGGGUUUCCAGUUCUUUGCAGAACAGGUCAGUCACCAUCCACCUAUUUCUGCAUGCCAUGCUGAAUCUGUGAAUUUUGCUUUUUGGCAAGAUGUAAGAUGGAAAAACAAAUUCUGGGGAAAGUCCAUGGAAAUUGUUCCAGUUGGUACAACACAUGUGACUCUUCCAGCUUUUAAAGACCAUUUUGCAUGGAACAAGGUGACAUCUUGCAUCCAUAACAUCUUAAGUGGGCAAAGAUGGAUUGAACACUAUGGAGAGAUCAUCAUCAAAAAUCUUCACGAUGACACUUGCCACUGUAAACUGACUUUCAUAAAGGCAAAGUACUGGAAUCCAAAUGCACAUGAGAUUGAAGGCAGUGUCAUGGAUAAAGCUGGGAAAGUUGUGCAUCGACUCUUUGGGAAAUGGCAUGAAAGUUUAUACUGUGGAACAACUUCAUCUUCAAACUGCAUAUGGAGAGCAAAUCCGAUGCCUAAAGAUUAUGAACAGUGGUAUGGAUUUACGCAAUUUGCACUUGAGUUAAAUGAACUGGAUCUGCAAACUAGGUCAUUACUCCCAUCCACUGAUACGCGUUUUAGGCCGGACCAAAGGUUUCUAGAAGAAGGGAAUAUUGAAGGAGCUGAAAUGCAAAAGCAGAGGAUCGAGCAGCUACAGAGAGAACGACGGAAGGUGCUGGAAGAAAACAAUCUAGAGCAUCAGCCUAGAUUUUUCAGGAAAUCCAACGAUGACUCCUGGGUGAGCAAUGGAACCUACAUGGAGCUUAGAAAAGAACCUGGUUUUUCCAAACUGGACAAUCCUGUCCUCUGGUGA